AUGCACGGAAUGCAGAAUGCUGCCACAAAAGCAGUGGCUGCGGUGCUGCUAGUUCCAUCGGCAUAUGUGCUGUCGCUUGCUGUUGGACUGUUGUUGUUCGACUAUUUAAGAGUACUUCUGUUGCGAGCAAAGCUCCCACCAGGACCGCUACCAUUGCCUUUGUUUGGAAAUACCCUCUCGUUUCCUGCCGAAAAGCCAUGGAUUCUGUUCGAACAGAUAUCCAAACAGUACAAAUCACCCAUCAUCACGUUCUGGGUCGGACGGCAGCCAACAUUCUACUUGAACGACUGCUGGACGGCGCACGAGCUUCUUAAUAAACGUGCUGCAAACUAUGCCAGUAGACCACGCCAGGUGGUCCUUGGCGAGCUACUUGGCGGUCUCGACAACAUUGCAUCCAUGUACUAUGGCGAGCGAUGGCGUCUCCAUCGAAGGCUUACUCACGGAGUCGUUGGUAAGCAGAAGCUCCAAUGCUAUCGUGUGAUCCAGGACGCCGAGAGCAAAGUCACAACGUUCCGUCUUCUCGAAGACCCUGGAGAUUACGUAGCUCACUUGGAACGUUCUGCGACAAGCGUCAUGUCCAUCAUCGGUACUGGCAAACGCGUUACCAAGCUUAACGAUCCUUUGACUCUCAGAGUGAUGCAAGUGACAGCAGAAGCUGGAGAGAAAGUAGUCGUCGGCAGGCACUUCCCCAUGAUAUUGGAAACAUUCCCGUGGAUGGCCAGUCUCCCUCCCAUCAAGAACAUGUUCUGCUCAGGAUCUGAAGACGCGGAUAUGUAUUACUGCAUGGCUGAAGAGGCAUCCAAACGUCCCAAAGACUGCUACUUCAAGGACGUCUAUCAGUCACAAGCGAAAUAUGGACUCUCCAAGUCCGAAGUGACCUCGCUGACUGGAAAUCUUUUCGGAGCUGGGGUGGAAACAUCUACAUACACGAUGCUUUCAUUUCUACUAGCCGCUUGUUGCUUUCCAGAUUCUUUGGCCAAGGCAAGAGAAGAGAUCGCUUCCGUCUGUGGAGUGGCAAGAAGCCCACGAAUUGAAGACACGGCAGACAUGCCACACGUCCAAGCAGUCAUGAAAGAAGUCUUUCGAUGGAGAGCUCCCGCUGUCCUUGGAGGACAACCGCAUGCGCCCCUGGAAGACGACUACAUUGAGGGUUUCCUCAUACCUAGAGGGUCAUCGGUAACAGGGAAUCUUUGGGCCAUUCAUCGGAAUGAGCGAGACUUUCCAGAGCCUGAUCUCUUCUGCCCGGGGCGUCAUUUUCCAGACCACGAUCUCUAUCGCCAAAAUCCCACGCCAAAGCGGCACAUGGCUUUUGGAUGGGGCCGUCGUAUGUGUGCCGGCGCAGAUCUGGCGGAGCAAGGAGUCCUUACCCAGAUCGCGCGCUUACUCUGGGCCUUCGAUAUCGAAGGCGACAUGGAUGGAACAACAGGGAAGCCAUUGAAGUUGAACAUAUUCGAUUAUACGAGCGGAUUCAACAUUCGCCCAAAGCCAUUCAGAUGCAAGUUCACGCCACGCAGCAGAGAGAUAGCGCGAACGAUCACGCGAGAAAGACGAGAGGCUGAGAGUAUUUUGCAAGAGUACGAGAUCUAA